CGAUGCUACGUCAUAGGGUCGCGCUCCUUGUUCUGUUGUGAUUCUGCUGGAGAAAGGACAAACACACAGAAAAACUCCUGGUGAAGCGACUGAGAUCCACGUCACACCAUUAUAAAGAUGGCGGCUAUUAAAGAGGAGAGUGAAGACAUGAAGAUUGAAGAAACAUUCAGAGUGAAACAUGAAGAAAAUGAGACACAAACAAAUAUGGCAUUUAAGAAAGAGGAGAGUGAAGAUAUGAAGAUUGAAGAAGCUUUUGGAGUGAAAAAAGAGGAUACAGAGGAACAAACAGAUCUGAUGGCACUGAAAGCAGAGAGCCAAGAACCGGAUGAAAUACGAAAUCUUUAUGGCAAUCAUCAUGAUUUUGCAACUGGAGAAAAGCCUCACACCUGCCCUCAGUGUGGAAAGAGUUUCAUUCGAAAAGAAAGCCUUAAACGCCACAUGAGAAUUCACACUGGAGAGAAGCCCUACACCUGCCCUCAGUGUGGAAAGAGUUUCGCUGAUAAAAGAGGCUUUGAAUACCACAUGAAAACUCACACUGGAGAGAAGCCCUACACCUGCCCUCAGUGUGGAAAGAGUUUCGCUGAUAAAAGAGGCUUUGAAUACCACAUGAAAACUCACACUGGAGAGAAGCCCUACACCUGCCCUCAGUGUGGAAAGAGUUUCAUUCGGAAAGAAACCCUUAAACGCCACAUGAGAAUUCACACUGGAGAGAAGCCUCACACCUGCCCUCAGUGUGGAAAGAGUUUUGCUCAUAAAGCGAGCCUGAAAUACCACAUGAAAAAUCACACUGGAGAGAAGCCCUACACCUGCCCUCAGUGUGGAAAGAGUUUCAUUCAUAAAGAAAGCCUUAAACUCCACAUGAGAAUUCACACUGUAGAGAAGCCUCACACCUGCCCUCAGUGUGGAAAGAGUUUUGCUGAUAUAAGAGGCUUUAAAUACCACAUGAAAACUCACACUGGAGAGAAGCCCUACACCUGCCCUCAGUGUGGAAAGAGUUUUGCUGAUAUAAGAGGCUUUAAAUACCACAUGAAAACUCACACUGGAGAGAAGCCCUACACCUGCCCUCAGUGUGGAAAGAGUUUCAUUCAUAAAGAAAGCCUUAAACUCCACAUGAGAAUUCACACUGUAGAGAAGCCUCACACCUGCCCUCAGUGUGGAAAGAGUUUUGCUGAUAUAAGAGGCUUUAAAUACCACAUGAAAACUCACACUGGAGAGAAGCCCUACACCUGCCCUCAGUGUGGAAAGAGUUUCGCUGAGAAAAGACGGUUUAAAGGCCACAUGACAAUUCAUACUGGAGAGAAGCCUCACACCUGCCCUCAGUGUGGAAAGAGUUUUGGUCAAAAAGCAAGCCUGAAAUACCACAUGACAAUUCACACUGGAGAGAAGCCUUACACCUGCCCUCAGUGUGGAAAGAGUUUCACUCUAAAAGAUAGCCUUAAUAAACACAUGAAAACUCACACUGGAGAGAAGCCCUACACCUGCCCUCAGUGUGGAAAGAGUUUCAUUCGAAAAGAAACCCUUAAACGCCACAUGAGAAUUCACACUGAAGAGAAGCCUCACACCUGCCCUCAGUGUGGAAAGAGUUUCGCUGAUAAAAGAGGCUUUGAAUACCACAUGAAAACUCACACUGGAGAGAAGCCUCACACCUGCCCUCAGUGUGGAAAGAGUUUCACUCUAAAAGAUAGCCUUAAUAAACACAUGAAAACUCACACUGGAGAGAAGCCCUACACUUGCCCUCAGUGUGGAAAGAGUUUCGCUGAGAAAAGACGGUUUAAAGGCCACAUGACAAUUCAUACUGGAGAGAAGCCUCACACCUGCCCUCAGUGUGGAAAGAGUUUUGGUCAAAAAGCAAGCCUGAAAUACCACAUGUCAAUUCACACUGGAGAGAAGCCCUACACUUGCCCUCAGUGUGGAAAGAGUUUCGUUGAUAAAAGAGGCUUUGAAUACCACAAGAAAACUCACACUGGAGAGAAGCCCUACACCUGCCCUCAGUGUGGAAAGAGUUUCGCUGAGAAAAGACGGUUUAAAGGCCACAUGACAAUUCAUACUGGAGAGAAGCCUCACUCCUGCCCUCAGUGUGGAAAGAGUUUUGGUCAAAAAGCAAGCCUGAAAUACCACAUGACAAUUCACACUGGAGAGAAGCCCUACACCUGCCCUCAGUGUGGAAAGAGUUUCACUGAGAAAAGAUGGUUUAAAGGCCACAUGACAAUUCAUACUGGAGAGAAGCCUCACACCUGCCCUCAUUGUGGAAAGAGUUUUGCUUAUAAAGCAAGCCUGAUAUACCACAUGAAAACUCACACUGGACUGAAGCCUCACACCUGCCCUCAUUGUGGAAAGAGUUUUGCUCAUAAAGCAAGCCUGAUAUACCACAUGAAAACUCACACUGGAGUAGGGUUGGGUACCGAAACUCGUGUCAAUAGGGAACCGGUUCUGACAUAAACAGUAGUAACCAGACAGAAUUAAAGCUGCAAGCAGCAUUUAUCGGGGUUCAAGCAUUUAAGCCCCUUAGGCACAAACGAAUUUAAAGACAGUAAGUUUUAUUUUUCAAGAAUGUAAACACUUAGAAAAUGGAGGAAACCAAAGGUAAUUUAUAAAACAUCAUAUAAGAGAUUCAGUAAAGAAUCCUUUUGUACAAAUGUAAAUAAUAUAGGUUGGAUUGAUAUUUAUAAGGAAGUUCAUCUUCAUCUUGUCAGCAUUUGGAAGUUUAUUGUAUCCUUUAGUGGACAAACAUGCACCUAUGAAAAAAUGCAGUGAAGAAUGUGGUGAGAAGCAUUCACAGUCUCCGUUAUUAAUGCAUCAAAACAGCACUGAUGUGGAAACCAGGAAGAAACAUUGUGCCUUGAAUGAACUAUCCAGUGUCCACAGAUCAGCAACACAAUCUGUAACCAUGGAAGUUUGGCAGGAAUAGUAAGUUAGGCUACAAUGCUUUCGAAAUUAUGAAUAAAAUUGCAACCCUCAAAUGUUAAUCUGAAAUGAAAAAUAAACUGUGGUUUAAAACUA